AUGUCUACCAUUAGAUGGGUACACAGGAAAGAUAAAAAUUCCGAAAAAAGAAUAAUUUCUUUAAAUGAAAUAAAAGAAAGAUAUCUAGUUGAUCAAAUAAAACAAAAUAAAGACACAAAAAAAAAUGGGGACACUUACUACAAAAAUGUAAAUAUACAAGAAAAGGAGAAAAAAAAAAAAAAAAAAGGAUUUAUAAGUUUUUACAAAAAAAGAGAUAAACAUGAUAUAAAUUUAGAAAAAGAAUAUUCAUCAAAAUAUAUAGAAAACGUCGGAUUUAAUAAACAAAGAUGUAAUGAGAAAAACCAAGGAGACAAAAAGGGUAAUUAUAUUUUAGGGGAAAAAACAAAGGUGCUUAGAAAUGGAAUCUCACCAUUUUGCAGCGAUAGGAUUAUAGGAAGUGGUCAGGAGGGAGAGGAAGAGGGGCAUAAUGAGGAGUAUGAGUAUGAUGAUAAGGAUGACGAUGAAGAUGAAAAACAUAAGAACCUCGUCUUCUUUGCCAAUAGAAAUGAGCACACGCCAUCAGAGAUGGAGAAUGAGGGAGAUGCACAAACGGAUCGCGUGAACAUAUAUUUAGAUAUCAACAUUCAUAGGGAUAAGAAAAUGAAAAAAAAAAAAAAAGAAAAAAGUGAAGAGUACAAAAGUUGUGGAGAAGAUACACAUCAUUAUAAAAAAAAAAUUCUUGACAGUAAUUUAGACUGGGGUGUUCUAGAAAAUAAGUUAAAACAGAAAUGCCCAAAUUUGUUCACGCAGAAAAAUUUACGCACUGGAAAUUCAUACCUAAGCGACUCUUUCAUUCAACAUGGCCUAAAAAAAAAAUAUGGGCUGAGUGAAUAUGUUAAGGGGAUGAAUCACAUGGAGCACAGACAGUUACAUCCCCCUGGAGGCGAUUACACGGAUGGAUACGAAGACGAGUAUAAAUAUGAGGACAGGUACGAACAUGAUGACGAGUAUCAGUUUGAAAAAGGGAAUUGUCAGAAUGAAAAUGGUGUAAAGUGCACCUACAACAAAGCAUUGAAGAGAAAUAACUAUCAUUAUGAUUAUAAAAAGGGAGGAUACCAUCCCAAAUUCAAAGAUAUGAGCAGUGAGCAUUUUGAGGGGGGGCAUAACCCCUAUGAUAAACAUGGGGAAAAUCUAUGCGGUAAAAAAAGUAAUCAUAUUCAAGGGUGGGAAAAGACAUACCAUAAUCAUAGGUAUAGGAUAAAGGAAAAAAAAAAAUAUCCCUUAAAAAACAGCGAAAAGGCUGGAAGUGAUCAGAAGUAUUACUGUAAAGAAAACGAAAGAUAUUACAAUAAAAUGGAAAAAAAAGAAGGUUAUAUAUGUAAUGAAAAAAGUAUGUACGAUUUUAUUGAGGAGAGGAAUAAGGGCAUAAAUAGAAUUACGAAAAACAGAGAAAAUAUUAUGAACAACGUUAAUAUCAAUUAUGAGAUAAAAAAACAUAGUCCUACAAUUUCAUAUCACUUUUCGCCUGACUAUAAUAAACUAGAGAAUAAUAAUAUAAAAAAAACUUUUGACAAUAAUAAAAUUUUUUAUAACAAAGAACAAAUUUUAAAUAAAAAUUUUUUAAGUUAUAAAAAUAAAAGUCAUAAAAAUAUUAUUUUGUCUGCUAACUUGUUAAGUAACGUUUUUUGUAAAAAAAUAGAUAUAUAUUUUGCUUUUUUUAAAAGAGCAACCUUAAUAAAAAACAUUCAACGAGUAUACAAAAAAUAUACCAAGAUUACGGAUCAAGAUAGUACACAAUUUAAAAAUGAUGAACAUAAUUUUUUAUUUGAAAAAAGGACGAAAAAUGAUAGGAAAGAGGUUAUUUCAGAGACGCACAAGUAUGAAGCGCACACUAAUGUUUUUAAAAACAAAGUAGAGUGGGAGAGAAAGACGGAGGGACUUCCUGCUCAUUCACUAGAUAGAAAAGAAAUAAAUAUAAUAAAUGAACAAGACAAUAAAAGAAAUGUACACUCGAAGGAAAAUAACAGUAUGAGAAUGGUAUUAUUACCAAAAAAUGCAUUAUUUACAGAUAAUGGUGUGGUUUAUAAAAAUGGGCAAGUUGCACAUAGGAGCACACCAGGAUACAAAGAUUUUGAACAAGUGAAAAACAUCUAUAAAAGGAAAGUAUUAACUAACACAUUAAUCGAUAGCUUCAACGAUGUGGACAUAAAUGAUCAAAGAAGAAAAAAAAAAUACUUGAAAUUUUUUGUUAUUUUACUAUCUGUCUUUUUAAAAAAGUACAUGCACAAGCAGGUAUCGAAGUUCUUUUCUGUUAUUGGAUUAUUCCGAUGGGAAAAGCAGGUGGAGAAAAGGGCCAUAAGGAAGUUUAUCAAUGUGCGAAUCUACUCCUUAUCUUUAAUAGAGAGUGUUUUAAGUAAGGUACGAAUAAGAGCAGUGAAAUUUUACUUUGGUGAGCUAAAAAAAGAGAGGAUGCAACAUAAAGAUAGACAAGAGAUAGGGGAAGGAGAACAAGAAUGGAUAGCCAGUAUGGAAAAAAAAAAUAACAACAUUUACGACAUCGAGAAGCAACUAAAAAGCAAAAGGUACAAGUCGAAACGAAAUUACGGAAAUUCAUGUUUUGGUAAACCCAAGAUAUACCGAACGGACGAUUUCACAAUUUUUUAUAAUAAAAAAAUGUUAAGGGAAAAGGAUGAAACAUUACAAAAUUGUUUAUUAAGGUCAAAAUCUGAUUCUUUAGUAGAAUUUUUAAAUAGUUCCAAAAUGAAUAAAUAUUCAAAAAGUGGAUCUAACGAUAUUUCUAAUAGCAUUAUGAACAUGGAUAACAUUAAAAGUUCUACACUACUUGAACGUUUCUUCACAGCUAAUUACAACGUAAAUGAUAAAAAUAUACAUAAGGAAGUAUGUAAAAGCAAAAUACAUUUAUCUUAUUAUGAGCAUGCUAUAGAUGACUCAAAAUAUAUAUAUAGCAGUGUGCACUAUAAAGGGAAUAAUAAUAAAAAAGAAAUACACACAAAGCAUUUCAAAAAGGAGACUUACAAUAAUGGAGUAUUAAGCAAUAUUCACUUGGUUGAUACUCAUCAUGAUGUGUGCAAAAAUUUGGGAGGUGGUAUCAAUAUGGGCAUCAUCAAUAUGAGCGGAAUCAAUGAGAGUAGCAUCAAUGAGAGUAGCAUCAAUGAGAGUAGCAUCAAAUGUGCAGACAACCACUUUGCGAACAUGAUGGACGAAAUCGAACGCUUAAAUGACGUAGCUCAAGAAGUAUGUGAUACAAGUGAUGAGGAUGAAAAUGACAAGAACUGUAGAAUUUUUUUUAAAAAUAUUAAGAAACAGCUAAAAUUAAAUUACGCAAAUACCCAAGAUACUAACACAAAAAGGGACAAAGAUUUAAGCUUAAGUGACUUAAAUAGUACAUUGGACUUAUGA